UCUAAAUUUAUAAAAGAUUUAUACAUUCCAGAGACACAUAUUUCUAAGAUGCCAUCAUAGUCAAGGCCACCAAUUUGGAUAUAUUUCAUACUAAGAAGCGACCCUGAAAUGAAUAUUGUGGGAAAACUCAAUUUAAUGAUACCCUGGAGCAUAUUCUUGGUUCAUUCUCUGCUGUUCUCUUUGCAAGGAUCCUAUUGCGAGUUUUCUCUUUUGAGAAGAACACCAAGAAACCAGUUUAAUGCAACUCGACAGAAAAGAGAUCUCUUAGCAGCUGAGACUGGAGCAGAUUCUGCUGGGUCUCACCUUCAUGGGGACCUUACUCAGGGGCAAAGUCCAUCAGGAGUCUCUUGUCCUCAAGAAUGCCUUAAUGGAGCAGUUUGCACAGAGGCGGGUGUAUGUGAUUGUCAGAUGUUUCAGGCUCAUGGUGAAAGGUGCCAAAUUGUACCUAAUGAUGGCAAGGAUCGAGAUGGAAUUUGCAAAUCAUGGGGACAGUAUCACUUUGAAACAUUUGAUGGCAUCUACUACUAUUUCCCAGGAAAUUGUUCCUACAUUUUUGCAAAAGAUUGCAGUGCUCCAGAACCUCAGUACACUGUAUGGGUUCAUAACAGCCCCCAGUGUGAUGGUUCGGUGUAUUCUUGUCUGCGGUCAAUCAGCUUAUUUUUUUCAAGCCAGGAUGAAAUAGUUGUUGUGGGACAUGAAGUAAGAAAAGAAGGAAUCAGAUUGACAUUGCCUCAGACAAUUGGAAAUGUUUUCAUUGAGAGGCUGGCCGACUAUAUUCUGGUGAAAACUACCUUUGGUUUUUCUCUUGCUUGGGACGGAAGCUCUGGUAUUUAUAUUAAACUGACAGAAGAACAUAAAGGGAAACCUUGUGGCCUGUGUGGAAAUUAUAAUGGCAAUAAAUCUGAUGAUCUGAUAAUACAAAAUAUAGGUGAAUAUACAGAAGACAUUGCUGUAUUUGCAAACAGUUGGUCUAUACAAACCCCAGAUGAUGCAAUUUGUGUGACUACUGCCUCAGAUUUUUCUAGUCCAUGUUCGGCUGACACAGAGUCCUCCGAGGCCAUAUUCUUCAAAUGCCAAAUACUCCUACAGUUUCCUUUUCUCAGCUGUCAUGAAAGCGUAGACCCUUAUUCGUAUAUUUCUAGCUGCAUGAAUGACCUUUGCAGAGUGGAUGAUGAUGAAACUUACUGCCGAGCAGUGACAGAGUAUGCUAGAGCAUGCUCACAUGCAGGCUACCCCAUACGGGACUGGAGGGAGGAUUUUCCUGCCUGCUCUGAAAAGUGUGAAGACAGUUUUGUUCAUCGGGAUUGCAUUAGUUGUUGCCCCCCAACCUGUACAUUUGAAAAGGAUUGUCUUGGCAGCAACCUCCAUUGCUUAGAUGGCUGUUACUGUCCAGAUGGUCUCGUUAUGGACAAUGGAACUUGUAUCUCUGUGUCAAAUUGUCCUUGUAUUUAUCAUGGGAAAGCCUUCUCUGCUGGCUCAAAAAUUGAACAAGAAUGCAGUCAGUGUACUUGUACCGGUGGCAUUUGGAACUGCACUGAACACGACUGUCCAGCUGAGUGCACCAUCGUAGGUGACUCUCAUUUCACAACAUUUGAUGGUCGUCAUUAUACCUUUCUUGGGAUUUGUCAGUAUAUUCUGGUAAAAGGCACUGGGAAAGACAAAUUCACAAUCACUUUACAGAAAGCUCCAUGUGAUCAGAACCUCGACCAUGGCUGCAUCCAGUCUGUAACACUAGUGCUUGAAGAUGAUAUGAGUAAACAAGUGACUCUUACCAGGGAUGGUGAAGUCCAAACUGGCCCUAGCCAGGGUUUUAACUUUAAUGGGGACAUUGAAAUUUGGAACCUGUCUUCUUUGUUUGUGCAGCUGAAAACUAGAUUUGGAUUAAAGAUUCAAUUUGCUAAAGAUGGGGAGAGACUUUAUAUACAAGUCAAUACCAGCUGGAAAAGAAGAACACUAGGUCUAUGUGGAACUUUUAAUGGGAACUUAAGAGAUGAUUUUCUUUCUCCAGCAGGGAUGAUUGAAGGAACCCCUCAGCUUCAUGCCAAUGCAUGGAAGGUUUCCUCAGCUUGUUUUGCGCCUGUCAACAUUCCUGUGGUUGAUCCUUGCAACAUUAAUCAACAAAAUGUUGGCUAUGCAUCCCACUGUGAUAUCAUCAAUCAAGAACUUUUUGCUCCAUGUCACCCAUACAUCAGUCCAGGAUUAUACUACCAGCUGUGCCGUUUUGAUGCCUGUAAAUGUGGAAGCAGCUGUUUGUGUAAUGCACUUGCACACUAUGCCUAUAUCUGUAGCAAGCAUGGAAUUGCUAUUGAUUUCAGAUCUCAAGUUUCAUACUGUGCUCUAGUGUGCCGAAGUGGUAUGCUGUACCAUCGAUGCUCUUCUUUUUGCGAACACUCCUGUUCUUCCCUUUCUGCCCCGCAUGUGUGUAAUGACGACUGUGCUGAAGGAUGCAAUUGUCCUGAUGGCAAAUACUUUGAAGAAUCAAUCAACUUUUGUGUGCCAAUAUCUAGCUGUCGUUGCUAUUACAAAGGCAGAACUUUCCAGCCUGCAGAAAUCCUGCCCACACAGUCAGGCUCUUGCCAGUGUUUGAAUGGAACAAUGAAAUGCACUGAAACUGCUACAACUGCAGUUCACACAUGCCCUGAAGGAAAAAUCUACUAUGACUGCAGAUAUCCGGUGCCUGGCUUACCAGCAGCUGGUGUGAACUGUGAGAUCUCCUGUGCAAACCUUGCCAUGAACUUCACCUGUGUGCCAUCACCACCAUGUGCAAGUGGUUGUAUCUGCCCCCCAGGGAUGGCAGAGCAUAAAGGGAAAUGUUAUGUUCCUGAUAGUUGUCCAUGUACCUGGAAAGAUUGGGAGUAUCUGUCCGGAGAAGUGAUAGCUACACCUUGCUAUACCUGUGUUUGCCGGCGAGGGAUAUUCACAUGCACCAGUUAUCCUUGUCCUGCUGUGUGUACAGUUUAUGGGGAUCGACAUUAUUAUACUUUUGAUGGGUUGGAAUAUGAUUACGUCAGUGACUGCCAAGCUUAUUUAGUGAAGAGUACAGACAACUCAAAUGUAUCUGUAAUUGCCCAGAACAAGAAGUGCUUUGACAAUGACAUUGUUUGCUCUAAGAGCGUUUUGAUCUCUGUUGGAGACACUGAGAUUUAUUUUAGUGAACCUUCUGACAAACAGAGAACCGCCAGGGGACAGGAAAAAAACCCAACAUAUCAGCUUUGGAAGGCUGGAUAUUAUACAGUGGUACACUUUCCAGAACAGGAAAUUACAGUCCUGUGGGACAAGAAGACAACGAUACAUGUCAAAGUUGGACCUCGGUGGAAGGGUAAAUUAGCAGGUUUGUGUGGAAAUUUUGAUAAAUAUACUUCAAAUGAUCUGACUACAUCAAACAACAUGGAAGUGAGAAAUGCUCAGGUUUUUGGAGAGAGCUGGGCAAUAGGACAGUGUAAAAGCCCAAAUGAAACCAUAAAGCCAUGUGAGGUGCAUCAGAGCAAGUUCCCCUAUGCCAAAAGGGAAUGCUCAAUUUUGUACAGUGAUGUUUUUGCCCCUUGUCGAAAUGUGAUUGAUGUGACUUCAUUUGUCAAAAAUUGCCAUACAGACACAUGUAAUUGUAAUCUUGGUGGGGACUGUGAGUGUUUGUGUACAAGCAUUGCAGCUUAUGCUUACAAAUGCUGUCAGCAGGGUGCAGCAAUUCAUUGGAGAUCUCCCUCUGUCUGUCCUUAUAAUUGUGAAUAUUACAACCAAGGCCUUGGAGAAGGACCAUAUAUUUUGGCAAGUUAUGGACAGAAUGAUACUGUUAUAGGCGCUAACAUUACCAGCAGAAAGCUAUUUCCUUUGCCUAGAAUCAGUACAUAUGAAAAUGUGGGAUUUAGUUUUAUGAUAACUCCCGGCCUUUUCAAAGAUAAAGACUUAUCUCUGUCUCUUGUUUCCCUUGAGUCUGCUGAAAGACCAAACUAUUUCCUGUAUGUCCAUGACAAUGAAACUGUUACUUUGGAACAGUGGGCAGCAAGUUCUUCAUUUCGUAGAAGAGCUACAUUUUUCCACCACCAAGGCCUCUGGAUUCCAGAUUAUAGCGCGUUUGAACUUCACAACAAGAAAGGCUUUUUCAUUAUAUUGACAGCUUCUGGCAUUAAAGUGUCAAAGUAUGAUGAUUCAGAAGAAUUCAAACGUACAAGUAGCUUUAGCAUUGAAGAUCUCCAUGCAUCAGUGCCUUAUAGGAGGAUGUGUGAAUGGAGAUAUGAACCUUGUGCUAGCCCCUGUUUUAAAACAUGUAGUGAUCCUGAAGGAGUAGAAUGUAAAUUUCUUCCACCGGUUGAAGGAUGCUUACCAUAUUGUCCUAAAAAUAUGAUCCUUGAUGAGGUGACACUUAAAUGUGUUUAUCCAGAAGACUGCAUACCUGUGACACCUACAGAGCUGGCAGCUGGAACAAAAACCCAGAGGACAAGGCCCACUGCAUUAAUCUCUCCUACAAUUGUUACUACAGAGAGAUUUCCUCAGCUGCCCCCUAUAUUUGUUACUGCAGAAGCUGAAGCUGAGCCUAGUCAUACAAUUGUAACUACCAAAAUAACCACAACGAUAGACACAACUUUAAGAGGAGCAAACACUACAGCAGAAACUUUGUCAGACUUUCAUUCACUGGCAUCACCUCAUACAACUACUUAUUUAACUCAUUCAUUACCUGUUUCAAGUACACUGCAGUCUUCCAAAGUAACCCACAGCACAGCAAGCCUGUCUGUACUGCCCAAGCCUGUAUCUUCAACAGAUUUUCCAGCUACUCUUCAGACAGCAGCAGCGACAUUAAAAACAUCCCCUACUGUAAGUCCGACAGUGUUUAUAACCUCACCCAUUACUAUGGCAGUUCCACCAACACCUUCUUUUACUCUGCUAACUGCAAGUCCUGUUCCUAGACAUUCUACAUUACCAAUGCCCACUUCCUUAGUGGUAACACCAUUUUCACUUGAAACAGGAACUGCAUCCUCUUCCACAGCAUUAGCAAGUUUAUCUCCUGGACCAGCCUUUGUCACUACUGAAGUACCUACAAGGAUCUGGGGAACCAGAAGACCUUCCACAAGCCAUUCACAACUGCCACAAACAUCCACAGAAUUUCCUUCAUCUGCUUCAUUAACUGGAAGAACAUCUUUUUCAAGUCCCACAUUCUUUACAAGCUCACAAUUAAUAUUACCUGCAUCUACUUCACCACUAUCUACUAUGACUGAAAGAACCAGGUCUACUAUGGUUCAACCUAUAGUUCACCCAGCUUCUGUUUAUGCCCCAACUUCAACUGUUUUUCAAACUCCCAAGGCUACUUCUAGAUUUACUAGCUUUGAAACUAGUCCUCCUCAGUUAAUCACAGCUUCAUACUUGGUGCCAACUCCACCCACCUCCCAAACUACUUCAUCAUCUUUAAGAACAACCAGUUCUUUAACAAGAACUUCACUACCUACAUUUUUAUCUUCAAUGGACAUUUCAGUGACUCCCUCCAAACAUAUAGUUCAAUUAAGCACAGACACUGUUUCCAGUAUUCCACCUAUAAUGACUGAAACUUCAUCUCCAGUUGCUUCUCAAAUCCCUACAACCAUGAGAACAACGUGGUCUUCUUUGAGUCCCCUUGAAACACACACAAUGUCUACAUUAAUGCCUCCUCCAAUUACAUCCCCCAAGCCCAAAGCAACGAGAGAAGUCACAGUUGUCUCAAAGAGUCUCUUCUUAGAACCUUCCGCUACUUCAGUAUCUCUUCUAGCCACUCCUCAAAUCUCUGAGGUAUCUGUAACAAGUACAAUCUCAACAGAAAGUAAAUAUGCACUACAAACUGAUGCAUUUCCAAUAUCGACUAUUUCUAAAAGGUUGACUGCAUCCAUUAGUUCUACAGCCUUCCCUUUCAGUACACCUGUAUUUCCCAUAAAUGCCACAUUAGCUACUUAUCAAAUGGCAAGAACCACUUCAAAAAUAACAGAGUACCCUAUCAGUCCACAUUCAGAAUUCAAAACUGCCUCUGUGGUACGAAGUACUGACACUUCUCUAACUUCUAGAGAACUAUCAGGAGCUAUAUUGUCUUUUACUAGUCCAUCCACAUUACUUACAAUGUUGUUGUCAUCAGCAAGACCAUCUGUUUCACAAGCCUCUGCCAUGACAUCCCAUACAACAAGUUCUUCAGUGAUUCCCACAGUAAACAGGACAUCUGCUUUGAUAUCAAAUGUAACUCUUACCCAGUCACCCAUUGUAUCCAUGGGUACACAAGAAACCUCAAAAAGCCCACAUACAGAACUGGCAACCUCUCCCUCGGGUAUUGCUACAUUAACUUUAGGCACAAACAUUUACAUAAGUCCUUCAGCAGUGCCUAAAACGUCAUUUGCACUACCACAUUUAUUAACUUCUAAAACUCCGAAAGUCACUUUGGAAAGCUAUUCCAGUAUAUUCACUACUACAUCUUUACCCUCUUUAGAGACCUCCCAUGUAUCUACUGUAUCAUUAGGAACAAAUAUAUCAUCAUCAAGUCCUUCCAUAGAAUAUGAAACAAGAACUUUUGUACCCACUGAAAUAGUCACUCACUCCACAGUGCCAUCGGCAGCACUGACCAUGAGCACAGCUUUGAGUACUACAUCCUUAGUGCCAACUUAUGUCACUAUGAAAACAUCAGUUAGUCCUUCAAUAACUUUAUUAGUUACUCCUGCCACCACCAUAGCCCCUAGUGUUACUGCAAAAACCACUGAAUCUUCUGUUACUCAUAUUGAGCUUUACACAGCCUCUAGUUCAGUGCCAAUUCCUGCUACCUCUAAAACACCUAUGUAUCCUUCACCUAAGACUUUACUGACAUCUGCACAUUCCCCAGUUUCACUGAGUACUAAAGAAAUGAUAAAAACUAUAGUCAUGAAAACAACUGGUGCCAUGACUGCAUUCUCGGAGCUGAAGAUUACACCUUCUGCAGCUUCAGAACUUAAAUAUGCAACCUCCAUUGGGAGAACUGCAGACACUAGAGAAAGUAGUCAGACUUCACAUGUACAAAGAAAUAUUACUAAGACAAAAUCUACAACUACUGAGAAAUCUUCACUGCUACACUCAACGUUCUCUUCUGUUCAGACUACUUCCUUGCCCAGUCAAAGCAGCAUAACUUCAGGAAAAUCUGUCUCUAUUUCUGAAGUCACAGAUGUAUCUCUAUCAGAUUGGUCCAGAAUUCCACCACAAAGAACAAUCAAACCUUACUAUAAUCUAACAGAACCAGAGCAAGUGGGGAUUGGAGGAUUGCAGAGCACCACUGUAACAGCUUCAUCUCAUUUCAGUUAUGCAAAGGUGCUGUCUUCUACUACAGAACCUGUGGAAACGCAAACUUCACUGACAGACACAGACAUGAUGAUGACAGUUACAGCUGACCAUGCUUCAUAUGGCACAAUGAUACAUACACUGAUGUCAUCUUCCUCAGAUUGUAUGCCAAGAUACAUUGAACCUGUAGACAGAUGUAGCCAGUAUGUAUGCAUUAAUAUGGGAUGGAUGUUGUAUAACGUUUCAAGGAACUGCCAUAAGAACGUGGAAAAACCUGACUGUGGUUUUCGAGGAAUGCCAGUUCAAGUUAACAGUGAUAGCUGUUGUCCAGAAUGGGAAUGUCCCUGUCAAUGUUCUGUACUGUCUGAACUGAGCAUUAUUACAUUUGAUGGAAAUAACAUAGCCCUCUAUAAUAUGGCUUCCUACAUUUUAGUCAAGCUCCCAGGAGAAAUAAUUGUUGCUCAUAUUGAAAAGUGUCCCACUAAUCGGAGUGCAAAUUCAAUAAGAAAACUAGUUUCACCUGGAGGCACUUCAGGGCUCUGUUUUAAGAAAUUAAAUGUAACAACACCUACAAAUAAAGUACUCAUCAACCGCUUGGCAAGAAAGGUAGUAGUGGAUUUUGUAAUUCAACCAUUACCUUUCUCAAAACAUGGACUAUGUAUUCAGGAUACUGGUGCCAUGUACGUCAUUAACACACCUGCUGGCAUUAGCAUUAAGUGGGCUCAUGUUACAGGCAUUAUAGAUAUACAAUAUGGCUUACAUUCUAACACAUCUACCAAGACAGAAGGACUUUGUGGUGUGUGUAAUGGAGACCCAGUUGAUGACCUCAAGAUGCAAAAUAGGACUAUAAUUACAAAUAUGGAAGAAAUUGAAGCAUUUAUUAAAAGUUGGGAAAUUGAGAAAUCAGUUGAUGUAACAACCAGGAGGCCAGUAAGAAAUUGUACUGAAGAUAACUGCACUUACUGUAUGGAGCUGUUAAACAGAGGAGUUUUUGUCCCAUGUCACAAAAAAGUUUCACCACAGGACUUUUGUGAGAAGAUGUGGAUCAACAAUACUUACUUUUGGAAUUAUGAAUGUGAUGCACUUUCUGCAUAUGUGGCUUUGUGCAACAAACAUAAUAUCUGCAUUAAGUGGAGGACACCGGAUUACUGUUCUCUGGGUUGUCCUGAUGGCAAGGAAUACCAACCUUGUGUGCAACCCUGUGCAGCCAAAACGUGCCUAAAUAAAUGGUUCUAUGAAGAAUCCCCAUGCUCCUAUUUAAGAGAAGACUGUGUGUGUAAAAAUGGAACUAUUCUUCAUAGAACAGACUCUGACCUCUGCAUACCUGAAGAAAAAUGUGCAUGUACAGAUAAUGAAGGACAGCCUCGUUCUGCUGGAGAAGUUUGGAAUGGGUCCAUUAAAGGAUGUUGUAUGUAUAACUGUUUGGAGAAUGGAAGUGUUAUUGCUAUAGAACCAGAAUGCAGUGAAGACCCACUGCCAGUCUGUGAGAGGGAAGGUGAAGUUAUCAUUAAUGUCAUUGAAGAGAGGGCUUGCUGUCCAAAGAAAGUUUGCGAAUGUAACAUGACUAUGUGUGAGGCUAUUAUUCCAACAUGCAAAAAUGGUGAAAAAUUGAUGGUAGGCUAUAGCACCCUUUCCUGCUGUCCACAAUACCAAUGUGAAUGUGAUCCCUUAGCAUGUCCCAAUGCUCCCCGUCCGGAGUGCAGAGAGGACCAAUUUAUUGUUGAAGCAAAACAGGAAGAUCCUUGUUGUUUCUCUUAUCUAUGUGUUUGUGAAUCUUGCAUUGAGCCUGUUCCUUUAUGUAAUGAGGGGGAAAUUCUCACAGUAGAUCUUAGCACCAUGCAUUCCUGUUGUCCUCGUUACCAUUGUGUUUGUGAUGAGAACCUUUGUUCAGUGCCUCUUCUGAACUGCACAGCUGACAUGCAACUUGUGAAAGAGAAAGUACCUGGACAGUGUUGUCCAGACUGGCACUGUGAAUGUAGCUGUGAAAAUUUUACUAUACCAACAUGUAAAGUGGGAGAAGUUCAAAAAAUAGACGACAGCAUUUAUAGUGCUUGUGGAUGCCUGCAGUACCUCUGUGAAAAGGAUGAUGUAUGUGUAUUCCAAGAAGUAACUGUGCUGAAUCCUGGACAAUCUAUGAUUCAGUAUUUGGAUGAAAAUCUUUGUUACACAGUACAGUGUUUACAAGAAAAAGAUCACAGCACAGGAUAUCAUGCCAUGGAUUUUACAGUUGUGAACUGUUCCCAACAAUGUGAUGCUCAUCAAAUAUACAUUCCUUCUUCCAGUCAUCAUGUUUGUUGUGGAACCUGCCAAAAUGUGUCUUGUACUUUCUAUACUGAAAAUGGAACACUAUCUGUACAUGAAGAGGGAAGCACCUGGGUCUCCAAUUGCACCAAAUAUGAGUGUGCAAAGACUGCUGUAGGUGCUAUGAUACUGGGAUCUAGUGUUGUCUGCCCCCCUUUUAAUGAGACUGAAUGCACAAAGAAUGGAGGCACUGUACAGACUUAUAAUGAUGGCUGCUGCAAGACGUGUAGAAAGGAAGAAAGGAUUUGCCAGAAAGUGACAGUCAGAACAACUAUAAGAAAAAGUGACUGUAUAAGUCAGAGGCCUAUAAAUGUGGCUUCCUGUGAAGGGAAAUGCCCCUCAGCUACAAUUUUUAAUGUCAAUAUCGAUAGCCAUUUAAGAUUCUGUAAAUGUUGUCGUGAAAAUGGAGUACAGAACCUUACUGUGCCACUAUACUGCUCAGGAAAUGGCACUGAAGUGAUGUAUGUCAUCCAAGAGCCUACAGACUGUUCAUGCCAGUGGAAUUGAACAUCUGAUGGAUUCCGUGUACCUGAUUUCACAGUGAGAAUUGAAGUUGGCUUCCUAUCGUUGAAUUAUAUUUUUUUGGCAUCGGACAGACUGAAUAAAUACUAUAUAGAAAAAUAUAUUUUAUCAGUAAUGUUUCAGCCAACUUGGUUUCUGAGCAAAUUUAGUAGAAAUUGCAUAAGAAAUAUUACAGCAAAAACAUUUUCAAACAUUGGCAAAUAUAUAAUUUCUUUUAUAUCAGAUUAUUAAUUUGACAAUUAUUUACUUCUAUUCAAUAUGCUGCUGAAAACUAAUUCGAUUUUUAAAAUUUAAACUUGAUUGAAUUGGGCCAACUGUAUCCAAAAGUUAAUUUUUGUGAAAACUUUUGCUUUUAUCUUAUUAGCAGUUCCAUUAGGCAUUACUCAGUGACUGAAAUCUGCUUAAACUUGAACCCACUGAGCAACAUGAUGAAUGUAGUCUUUUUAAUUUUGUACUUUGAAAAAACCUGUGGCCUAAAUCCUAGUAUAAUGUUACAUUCCUUAAAUCUAUGGCAUUUUGCUUUUUUAAUAUCAUAUAUACAUUUUAAAUAUUGUGAUUGGAUAGAAGGGGCUAAGUAUGGAGGGUGGUUCAGACUUCUGUUAAAAAUAUGUAAAAACUCUGCCGUUUACUGUAGGCUUAUACUUUAAAUCAAUUUUUAACUUUUUACAACCAAUCAGAGGAGAAAUUGCUCUUUACUGUAUUAUUUUAUGAGGAUGCUGGAGUGAGAUUCUGUGAAGGUAUUCUGUUUUCAAAGUGGACCAGUGCACCUUCUGUUUUGGUUUUACCCUUUGUUUCAUGGGUUUAAACGAACUAAAUUUAAAGAUUGUUUUAAAGGAAUAUUAAGAUUGGGCACACUUGCUGAAUCUAAGUCUCAGAUCAUUGGAGUCAAGAAGAAACAUGCUCCCAUUGAAAAGGAUAUAACAUUGAUUGUAAGGAGAAAAGUGAAAUUCAUAUAUAAAAUUAGUCUGUGGAUGCACAUGGUCCUGUAUAUCUGCUGCCAAAAGUGCUCUCCAUUUUCUUAACCAUCAACUAUUUAUUGUAAUUCUUAAGAAUUGAGAAUCUAGCUUUAUGCCCAUUUUCAGAAGUAUAGCUUACCCUAGAAACUCAUUGGUGAAUUCCUUGCCCGGUUGAAGUCAUUGGUAGUUAAGUCAUUAACUUCAGUGAGGUCAGGAGUUCACUCGUGUAUUAUUUUGAAACUAAAAUUCUUGGCUAAGAAUCUCAGAAUUUCUUGGGCAAGCAAUUCUCAUAGAUUCUUAAACUGUCAGAAUUUAAUAAAAUAAUAAAGAAGUUGGAUUAUUAUAUGGUUUUUAUAAUGAGAAAU